AUGACCGUGGACGACAACUAUGACGGCGUCGAAGAAUUGGAUGCCCAAACGUCCGGUCCAAGCGAACUGGAACAAUCCGUUCCAGAAGUGCCACGGGUACGUGAUGAGCGUCCAAGCUUCACUGGGUUGGAUGCGAUCGCGUUAACGUUACGCAACCUGAGUCAACAACGGAAACGUACCACGCCAGAAGGAGGAAUGCAAUUCUAUGUUGCCAAGAAACGCCGAUCGAUCGACAAGUUUAUCGACGGAGCUGCUGAAGCCGUCAAGAAAGCAGCUACGGACUUGAUGUCCGUCAUGCUGCGGUGCGUGAAGAAAGGCGCUUUGAACGUAAGUUGCAGAGUCGCAUGA